AAACAAAUCAGGGUUAUAUUUGUUAUUUUCCCAAACGUUAUAACAGCAAUGCAUAAAGCUCUGUUUGAAUCUGUUAUACUGAGAGGUCUCUUGCAGAGGGAAAAAAAACAGAAUUGAAAGAAGAAAGAAAGGAAUCUUUCUGCAGGAUCGUGGAUGAGAUUCUAGGGUUCAAGCAUCACACCGAAAUCUGUUCUCCAUCUGUACGAUUUUCUCAAGUUCUUACUUACUCUUUCGCAUUUGGUAUCUCUUCCUCCUAAUCUCAUCGUUCGUCUUCGUGAUGCUUUCUUUCGCUCUCCAUAUUCUAGGGUUUUAGUUAAUAUCGUUUUCUCUGUUUCUUGAUUAAAGUUAGUAGCGAAUGGUUUUUCAAAAGCUUUUGAAAGGAAUGGGAGACACGCACGAUUUCACGGAUUUGAUUAGGAUAAAGAUUAAGAUAUUGCAUUCUACAACUCACACCUUAAGUGUUGAGAGAACUGUAAGAUUGUUCUUUAUGGUUAAAAAUUGUGUGUUUCCUUGUGUCCUUCUGUAUUCCAUAAUGAUACCUGUACGAGAUCUGAAGCAGGAUAUUUGUUACUAUUGUGGAGUUUCACCGGAACGACAACCUCGCUUGUUAUUCCGGGGAAGAGUUUUGAAGAAUGAUCAACGCUUAUCAGAUUAUCAUGUUGAAGAAGGCCACACUCUGUAUUUGGUAAAAGGAUCACCACCAAUUCCACUAUUCUCUAGUAAUGCAGCGGCUAAUUCAAAUCUUGGUCGAGGGACUCUGACUGACCAUUCUUAUCAACUGACCGCAAGAGGAUAUGAUACACCAUCUGUUGUGAUUCCAGAUUCUAUCACAACCUUAUCUCGACAUCUGGAUCGUAUAAGACAAGUGUUUGCUACAUAUGGUAACAAUGAUGAUAACAACUGGCAAGCUCCUAACCGUUCCAGGGAGGAUCUGAUCGCAAGAGAAUGUCAUUGGGGGGAGUUGGCACAUACGACAAGGCGAUUGUUGAUUGGUGAAGUUGCUGAAUGUUUAUCAAAUAUUUCAAUGUUGCUUGUGGAUCAAGUAAAUGUUACGGACCCAUCAGCCCGAAGAUUGCGGCAAGAAAGAGUGGUUGAAUCAGGAAGCCUCUUGUGUCACUUAGGAAGUUCAAUUCUUGCGUUAGGCCAUGGCACCUCAAGAAUUAGCAUGGGAGAAACACAAGAUGAUGUUGGUCGUGCAGUGUUCAUAUCCCCAACAGGUCAAAAUCGGUUACAGUCACAUCACUCUUGGCUGCAAACAAGUAUUAGAGCAGGAAGGAGGAUAAGAAUUAUAUCACGUAGGAGAUCAUCGAGGAAUCAACAACAUUCCGAUCUCUAUUUCAAUGCAUCUGAUCAAAAUGCAGACAAUACCUCCUCUCCUCGACUUACCACAGAUGAGGAGCUUUCAGAUUCAGACUCAGAACAUGAGAUGGUAAACAUAGUUAGUACUUUAAACCUAUACUAUAGCAAAGCCAAGAAAGAGAUGGUUGGAAGUUUUGGCCUCUGAGACACUAUUUUUUGGAUGUGGACGACGCAGAGCGAGUGAAACUUGGUGGUGGAGAAUGGAAGCAAUUAGAGAUGCAAAAAGGAGACACUUUUAUAUUUUUCAUUCGGAACUCUAUUUGUUUUUCAAAUUACAAUAGAACAGCAAAAAGUCUUUUUUUUUUUGUUCAUAACAUAGUAGCAACACCUUUGUUAUAUACACUUAUUUCCAAUAAAAAUUGAUUCUUUUA